AUGGCAGCCGGUUGCUGCUACUGGCUAUAUUGGAGGGCAGGUGCUAAUCGCUUGGACAGCGCCACUGCCUCCCUCCCUGUGCCGCCAUCACUCCCCCUACUAGGAAAUGCUAUGCUAUUUAUUGGGGACGCUGAAAAAAUCGUGCAGAAUCUAGACAAAAUUGCAGAAUUAGGUUACAAACACAAAGGUGCAGCAAAACUUUGGCUUGGGCCAAAACUCUAUAUAGCUAUAGGUAACGCUGAGGAUGCGAAAAUUGUACUUGAAAAUUGUUUAGACAAAGACGUAGUAUAUCGUUUUCUGCGACCAUGGCUCGGUCAUGGGCUUUUCGUAGCCCCACUUGGUCUAUGGAAAUCCCACAGAAAAGUUCUACUGCCCGUGUUUCACAACAAAAUUGUGGAAGAAUAUUUGGGCGUGAUUGGGGAACAGACUAACAUACUUAUAGAAAGACUCAGGGAGCAAAGUAAUGAGGACUACUUCGACGUUCUGCGAUAUAUCACCGCAUGUACGCUGGAUAUCGUCUUUGAAACUGCUAUGGGCGAACGGAUGGACAUCCAGCACUCUCCAGACACACCGUACCUUCGCGCCCGGCACACUGUCAUGACGAUACUGAACAUGCGAUUUUUCAAAGUAUGGCUUCAGCCAGACUGCCUUUUCAAUUUAACGACGUAUGCGAGGCAGCAGAAGGAGAGUAUAAAUCUCACACACGAGUUCACGAAUGAGGUUGUACGUAAGAGGCGGCUGGAAUACGAAAGAAAUAAAUUGAAAAAAUCGAACGAAAAGUCAGAUGGCAAACUCCGUGUAGUAUUAGACAUGUUGUUCGGACGCGAGAUCGAGUUCACUGACGAACAGCUUAGGGAGCACAUCGACUCUAUAACUAUAGCUGGGAAUGACACCACGGCUCUAGUGAUAGCUUACACCCUGGUUCUCCUUGGCAUCCACCAGGAUGCCCAAGAGGAAGUGUUCAAAGAACAGGAGUCAAUCCUCGAUGGAUCGAAGCGCGCUGCGACUAAAGAAGAUAUUUACAAGAUGCAUUUUUUAGAGAGGGUAAUUAAAGAAAGCAUGCGUCUCUAUUCCGUUGUGCCCAUAGUUGCCAGAAACAUCGAUAGGGAUCUAUAUUUACCAUAUUGUGGGGUAACCUUGCCCGCUGGAGCGAGUGCGGUGGUCGGCGUGUUCGCAAUCCAUCGCUCCAUAGCGGAAUGGGGCCCGAGCGCAAACGAAUUUGAUCCGAACAGAUUUCUGCCCGAAAAUUCAAUAGAUCGGCACCCAGCCGCCUUUAUGCCAUUCAGUUACGGGCCAAGGAAUUGCAUCGGGAGAAACUUCGGAAUGAUCCUGGCGAAAAGUAUCAUUUCGAGCAUCGUUCGUUCGUACAAAAUCGAUGCCAAAACCAUUGGACGAUUGAAGAUGGAGUUACUUUUAUUCCCCAUUGAUGGACACCAAAUCCGUAUUAGAAGAAGA